GAAAUAUAUUACGGGACAAAGAUGGUUGAUUGGAUGUGAUAAAAUAACAGAAGUAGCCACACAAAACACAGUAUUGUUAAAAAAUAGCUUUUACAGAAUGACUAGCAUUGCACUUGGACGCUUAGCAGAAGAAAGAAAAGCAUGGAGAAAAGAUCACCCUUUUGGAUUUGUUGCUAAGCCUGUAAAAAAUGCUGAUGGAACUUUAAAUUUAACAAAUUGGGAAUGUUCAAUACCAGGCAAGAAAGGUACAUUAUGGGAAGGAGGGUCAUAUUUUGUACGCAUGAUAUUCAAAGAAGAUUAUCCGUCCACGCCACCUAAAUGUAAAUUCGAACCGCCUCUUUUCCAUCCUAACGUGUAUCCUUCCGGUACCGUGUGUUUGUCCUUAUUGGACGAAGAUAAAGACUGGAGACCUGCUAUCACAAUCAAACAAAUACUCCUCGGUAUACAAGAUCUAUUGACAACACCAAAUAUUCGCGACCCCGCCCAAGCUGAGGCGUACACUAUAUUUUGUCAAGACAAAAACGAUUACGAACGCCGUGUAAAAGCACAAGCCAAGAAAUUUGCACCCAAGUAGACCAUAAUCGCGGUGAAAAUAUAUCAUCCGAACAAUCCUAAAUAACAGCCACCUUUUUACCAGCCCUUAAAAAAGAAACUCCUGUAUGUAUUUUAUAAUAUGUAUCAACCUCGUUCAAGGUAUUUUGCUGUCAAAGUGCGUCAGAAAACCAAAGGGGAGAGAUGAGAAGGGAUUAAGAAAAUUAAAAGGCCUUGAGAGGGGCCGUGAAAACAACAAAAGGCCUUGAGAACGAGGUUGUUAUAACGUGUAAAUUAUACAGAAUACAUCUUUUAUUUCGUUCCAAUUCUGUGUGGUAUUUGUAUGUUGGUAUUGUAAAUGUGACUAUUAAAAUUUAUUCCUCUCCAA